UUGAAUUUAUUUAAUCAUUAAAAACGUUUUUAGUUAAAGAUGCGAGAAUAUCUUUCUUCAAAAUAUUCGACCUCUAGGAUGUCCAAGACAAGACAAGGUUGUUGACUUUUGUGUUCACGACAAAUUGUUUGCUUGACAGCAGUUUGAUUUGAAUUCUGUUUAUAUUAGAACCAAUAUUUAUCCGAUUAUUUUACUGCGAAAACAGAACAAUUUAUUUAAGAAAGUGGUUCUGUUAUAUUCCGCUAUGGAGCCUAAGCUAACAUACCUUGAACCGUCUUUAGAAAAGCAAUUAAAGGGUCAUCGAAAUGGAAUUACUGCAUUAUAUUUCAGUCCUAAUGAACAACAAAUUGCCAGUAGUUCGCUGGAUAAUAGCGUUUUGUUAUGGGAUCUGCGCGGUACAAUGAGAAGCUACAGGUUUCAAGGGCACGACGAAGCCGUUAUGGACGUUACGUUUUCGCCUUCGGGCAAAUAUAUGGCGUCUGCAUCGCGUGAUAAAACUGUGAGGCUGUGGGUGCCUACAGUUACAGGCAGCACUGGAAUGUUUAAGGCUCACUCUCAGACUGUGAGAUCAGUACAGUUUAGUCCUGACGGUACAAAGAUAGUCACAGCCUCUGAUGACAAGAUAGUGAAGCUCUGGUCAACAGAGAAACAUAAGUUCUUGUCUUCGUAUGUUGGGCACACUAACUGGGUGCGUUGUGCUCGCAUGUCCGGUGAUGGCUCAGUGAUAGCCUCUUGUUCUGAUGACAAGUCUACCAAACUGUGGAACUUGGAUAAUGGAGAGUGUAUCCAUACAUAUAAAGAUCAGAAAGGCAACGGGUUGUGCCUGGCAUGGCAUCCGUCUGGUUGUUAUAUUGCUGUUGGUACUUCCCAUGGAAAUGUGAAGCUGUAUGAUGUCAGAACACACAGUCUUGUGCAGUAUUAUAGUAUUCAUAAUGAUGCAGUCACUCAGGUAGCAUUUCAUCCCAGUGGCAGCUAUAUUUUAACCUCAAGUAAAGAUGGAAAAAUGAAGAUACUGGAUUUACUAGAGGGUCAUCCAAUAUUCACAUUAAGUGGCCACACUGGUCCAGUGAAUGCUGUCAGCUUUUCAGGCAGUGGUGAAUCUUUUGCUUCUGCUGGAGAUGAUAGACUGGUUUUCAUAUGGAAAACAAACUUCACAGAAUUGUCAGGAGACUUUAAAGAAAACAUAGCAGAUAAUGUGUCAAGUAUUCAGAAGUCUGUCUCACAAGCAUCCAAAAUAACAUAUACAACAAAAGACAGAAAUCAGGGCACAAAGGCUUGGUAUCAAUGCUAUCACACUCAUAAGAUUCCUGUGAUUACUUUUGUCCACCUGGAUGAUGUCAGCCAGGGUAACCUAUCUAUGAGAAUGAGUUAUUCAGGGGAACCAAAUAGAAUGUGUCAUUCAGAGGAGCCAAAUAGAAUGUGUCAUUCAGAGGAACCAAAUAGAGUGUGUUAUUCAGAAGAACCAAAUAGAAUGUGUCAUUCAGAGGAACCAAAUAGAAUGAGUUGUUUAGAGGAACCGAAUGCUAACAGUACUAGGAUUGAACCACAAUUUUUUAGUCACACUGAGCCUUGUCUGAGAAAUAAUUACUCUGUAGUCAAUGAAUCUGUACGGAUGAAUUCAACAAAGACUACACCAAGAAACAAUGGACCAGCUGAUUGUUCAUCUGGAGAUUGUUCUCAGAAUAGUGUUGGACAUAUAAGUCAUAUUCCUCGCAUUCCUCCCAGUCCCACUACUUACACCUUACCCUCUGUGCUGGAUAAAUCUUCAGGGUCUUGUCGUGAAGGUGGACAAGAUGACUUGUUUGGUAUGAUCAAACUAAGGAACAAUGAUGUUUGUUACACUAGUGGCAUUAUUGAGUGGGUAGGUAGGAAGAGAAGCUACCCUAUUAAUAGUGGAUUCAAACUCAUUACUGAUCAAUGUGACACACAUGUGGAAAAAGUAAGAAAACUGAAUACUAAUUUCAGUAGUAGAACACAUGAACACAAUAGCUGUGACUGUGCAGAUGUACUGCCCACUGUUAAUGCAAUUGUUGACCAUUUGAAUGCUCUGCAUGAAGCUGUAGAUCUUGUUGAUUUGAGACUCAAUACUUUAGAAGAUUCUAUGACCAAGAAAAAAGGAGGAAAGUGAAUAGUUUUUACUACUUAUGAAAUGAUAUUUCCUUUGAAAACAAUGUUAUUAUAUAAACGUUUUAUUAUAAAAUUGUCUUAUUAAAAUACUGUAAUAGUUAUUCAUUCAAUAUACUUAGUAAAAUAACAUCAAUUUAAAAUUAAUAUACAUAAUACAACCAUAAAAAUAUAAUAUCAAUACAAAUUUAUUCAAAGAAAGUAUGAUAAUGUCAACUUUUGGCCCAAGGCACUCUCAAAGCCUCUAAUUUGGAGAUAUUAAAAUUACACAAUUACAUGAUAGAACAAAUUAUGUCUGGCAUUCUGCACUUAUCUAUUACUAUGGUAAAGUUUUCUUAUCAGAACUAUUGUGUCCCUACAUACGUUGUUUUCUUGCCGGUUUUCUUAAUUACAUCCAAUAACUGGUCAGCACUUAGUGUGGAUGUGACUGACACCUUCUGUUCUGGUAAACUUAUCGAUACAUUAUCCACACCCUGCCCUUUUAA